AUGAGCGAAGAGACUAAAGAAGACGAAGAAGACAAGGAGGAGGAAAAGAAGGACGACUCAGAAGACGCGUCUCUGGCCUGCGCGGAAUUACUCCGCCUGGCGCUUUUAUCGAAAGAUUUAAGUGCUCUGAGCAAAGCGACGACGACGAGACUUUCCGAAGACGGGGAAGUGAAACAGUUGCAAAGAGGCGGGGAGGAGUUUCGAGAGAUUUUGAUGCGCACGACGAAGAAUACCAACAACAACAACGCGGGGGGGAUUCGUUGUUCGGUGAUCGUUUUAGUGUUUUCUAUGAACAACUGCCAACCGUGCGUGCAAUUCGCGCCGAAACUCGAUCGAUUGGCAAAAGAGUAUAAAGAUUUACACGUUGGAUUCGUGAAGUGCAACAUACACGAGAGCGAUAUGAAUCGACGCUUAGCGAACGAGGCGGGCGUUUUUGGGUUCCCGUGCGCACAAAUGUACGACGGACACACCGGGCAAAAAGUACAGUUAGAAGGAGGCGACGUAAAAGGCGCGAACGAGGCGAAAUUGAGAGAGGGUUUAGAGACGCACGCGUAUAACGUGGAGAAAUUCGAGCGAUUGAAACGUGACGCGUUCGAGGCGUUGAGCGAGGCAAAGGCGAAAAUUUUUUGCGGCGAGGACGACGACGAACAAGAACAAGAACAAGAACAACAACGGUUCGUGACUUUGGUGAAAACAGUCACGGCGUACGCGAGCAACGCGAUCGAAAAGGAGGACGCGAAAUACAGACGAAUUAAAACGAGCGGUAAAGCGUUCACGGAAAGGGUCAAAAGCGUCGGCGACGAGGGCGAAAAAUGUUUACGAGCGUUUGGUUUCGAGAAGAAAAAAGACGACGACGACGACGAAGAAGAGGUGUACGAAAUCUCACCCGUCGUCUUCGACGAGUUUGACGAAAACAAUAAGUUUGGUAAACGCGAAAUGAGGAGGGUGAUCAAAAUGCUCAGAGCGUUGACCGGAUGA